ACGCCGUUAAUGUAAGCAUGCUGGUAUAGAAUCGAAGAAAAAGUAAAAACUAGCAAUUGACUCCCGACUCCAAAGACAAGAUACUUUUUUGUAAUCAAAAUGGGAGUACCAGCAUUCUUUCGGUGGCUUAGCCGAAAGUAUCCGAGCGUGAUUAUCGAGUGCCACGAAAACAAGCAGGUGGACCCGGACACCGGCCGCAAUAUUUACGAGGACGCCACCCUUCCGAAUCCAAAUGGGAUAGAAUUUGACAACUUAUACCUGGAUAUGAACGGUAUUAUACAUCCGUGUACGCAUCCGGAGGACAAGCCGGCACCCAAGAACGAGGACGAGAUGAUGGUAGCUAUCUUCGAUUGCAUCGAUCGCCUUUUUGGCAUUGUCCGUCCCAGGAAGCUCCUCUACAUGGCCAUCGACGGUGUGGCGCCUCGGGCCAAGAUGAACCAGCAGCGUUCACGUCGCUUCCGUGCUGCCAAGGAAACUACUGAAAAGAGGUUGGAGAUUGCCCGAUUGCGGGAGGAGCUACUGAGCCGUGGCUGCAAGUUGCCGCCCGAGAAGGAAAAGGGUGAGCACUUUGACUCCAACUGCAUUACGCCCGGCACACCAUUCAUGGACCGGCUUAGCAAGUGCCUUCACUACUAUGUGCACGACCGGUUGAACAACAACCCGGCCUGGAAGGGGGUCAAGGUGAUUCUUUCGGAUGCGAACGUGCCCGGCGAGGGUGAGCACAAGAUCAUGGACUACAUAAGGAAGCAGCGUGCCCAGCCGGACCACGAUCCCAACACUCAACAUGUGCUGUGCGGAGCUGAUGCUGAUCUCAUCAUGCUGGGGCUGGCUACCCACGAGCCCAACUUCACCAUUAUCCGGGAGGAGUUCCUUCCGAAUAAGCCCCGUCCCUGUGACAUCUGCAACCAGUUCGGGCACGAAAUGGAGAAAUGCAACGGACUAGGAGCCACUACUGGAACGAAUUUCAAGCCGGAUGUCCCUAUUGGCGCCGAGGUCAGGUUCAUCUUUGUGCGACUGAGCGUGCUGAGGGAGUACCUGAAGCAGACGCUUGUGAUGCCGAACUUGCCGUUCGAUUACAGUUUCGAGCGUGCUCUGGACGAUUGGGUAUUCAUGUGCUUCUUUGUGGGUAACGACUUUUUGCCCCAUCUGCCCAGUCUGGAAAUCCGGGAAGGGGCCGUCGACCGCUUAGUUGAGCUUUACAAGAAGUGCGUCUACAAGACAAGGGGCUACCUAACCGACUCUGGCGAUGUCAAUCUGGACCGCGUACAGCUGAUUAUGACGGAUUUGGGCAACGCCGAAGAUCAGAUUUUCAAGAACCGACAGCGGCGCGAGCAGCAGUUUAAGGCCAGGGACAAGGCACGUCGUCGUCAGGAGAGGAACCAGGACCACCGGUCCUUGGAUCAAUCGGUUUUCGGGGCCAAUGCCGUUGGACCAAACAACCAGCCGGGAAACAUUGGAAACUAUAAAGAAGCAGCUGCUGAGCUCCGUCUCGGAAAGCGAACGGGAGAGGUGGCGGGAAUGGACGACGAAGAGGAGGAAGACAAUGAUGAAGUCAGACUAUGGGAGGACGGGUUCAAGGACCGCUACUAUGAGUCGAAGUUUGAUGUGGCACCGGGAAAUCUGCAUUUCCGCUACGCCGUAGCCCUGCAGUAUGUCAGAGGUCUGUGCUGGGUGCUGAAGUACUACUACCAGGGAUGCGCUUCCUGGAACUGGUACUUCCCGUAUCACUAUGCUCCUUUUGCAUCUGAUUUCGUCAAUAUCCAGGGACUGUCUACCCUUUUUGAAAAGGGCACCAAGCCGUUUAAUCCAUUGGAGCAGCUGAUGGGCGUCUUUCCGGCUGCCAGCAGCUCUCAUGUGCCCGAGCCGUGGGCAGACCUGAUGUCCAACCCGGACUCUCCAAUUAUCGAUUUUUAUCCAGAGGACUUCAAGAUCGACUUGAACGGAAAGAAGUUCGCCUGGCAGGGAGUGGCCUUGUUGCCGUUUGUGGACGAGAAGCGGCUCUUCAAGGCCCUGGUGCCGUACUACGAUCAACUGACGAGCGAGGAGGUGAAGCGCAACAAGCGGGGCGACAACUUCUUGUACAUUUCAAAAUCCAGUCCGCAUUUUAAGAAGGUGAAGCGUAUAGCUAAUCUAGAGAAGACUGACGACGAAGAUGAGUGCAAAGCCAUCUCUUUCAAUGGGAUGCGGGGAACGCUGUCAAAGUCAGACCUUAACACUGCCAUCAGUGGGUGCCUUCGGUCACCGAUUGCCGGUCUUCCGGACAUCUCAGAUAACCAAAUUGUAACCACUCUGUUCAAGGAUCCAGAGUACGAUGAAGAUUAUAUAUUUGAGGCGAAGCGUCUGCCAAAAGCUGUGGAUCCACCACAAGUACUCGCAGGAGAAGAGGGCCAGAAGCAUGGUCCGGUCAUCGGUUUUAAUAGUCACUCAAAUAGAGCUUAUAUUCCAGACAGUGGACACCGCAUGGUGAACGCCGGAAUGCGUAAUCAAGGCGGCGGCGGCGGGGGUGGAUACCAGGGUGGCGGUGGCGGCUACAACCAAGGACAAGGCUAUCAGAAUAAUAGCCGCAAUUAUAAUUAUAAUUACAACAAUAACUACAAUCCCCAGCAAGGUGGCAGCCAGCAGAAUUAUCAGGGUAACUAUCAGAACCGCAACCAGCAGUACGGCCAGAACCAGAGAUACCAGCAGGACAACAACAUGAAUCCACAGCGCAACUACAACAACUACAAUAAUAAUGGCAGGACAAACAACUAUCAGCAGCAACAGGGCGGUAACCGGCAGCAAUACCAGAACUACCGACGAUUUUAAGAAAACUAAUAUACACUGAGAAUUAUUUUG